AUGGAAAAUGCAGUGGAAAAGAAUAUUCAACCUGCCCCGUCCUCAUUUAAGGCAUACGUUUGGGCACAUUUUGGAUUCUACAACAUCGAUGGCAAGAAAGAGAUUGAUAAAACUCACGUCAUAUGCAAGCUUUGUAAAGCUAAAAUCAAAUAUUUUGGAAACACUACAAACCUCAGGACUCACAUGGCACGUCAUCAUCCAGAGGAUGCAAACAAAGUUCAGCCAAAAGUAAGAAACAUUCCAGGAGACCAACGCACUCUGCAUCAAUGUUGCAAACUUCCAACCAACUCUGAACGGGCGAACAAAAUAACUCAAUCCAUAGCCUGUUUUAUUUUCAAAGAUCUGUGUCCCUACAGCGUUGUUGAAAAUGAAGGCUUUCGGUACAUGCUGAAAACAGUUGAGCCUAGAUACGCUAUACCAAGCCGUCAGCUUUUUGCUGAAAAAGCGAUACCUCUGUUAUACGAAGAGACGAAGAAAAAAGUAGCAGAAGCGUUGAAGAAAGCAACAAGAGUAGCCUUAACAUGCGAUGCAUGGACAUCAAGGGCAGUCCAGUCGUAUGUAACCUUUACCGCUCACUAUAUUACAGACAACUGGGAGCUUGAGUCGCGAGUUUUACAAACUACAGCAAUAAAUGAAAGCCACACAGCCGCACAUAUAAAGGAGAACAUUCAAUCUGUCGCACAGGAAUGGCAGCUCACAACCACUGACCUGGUAAUUGUUACCGAUAACGCUGCUAACAUGCUAGCUACUGCACAGCUGGGAAACUUUCAACACGUUAAAUGUUUCGCACAUACCAUCAACCUCGCGGCACAGAGAGCUCUGAAGCUGCCGUCUGUUUCACGUCUGCUGGGGAAAAUUCGGAGAAUUACCAGAUUUUUUCAUUGCAGUGCCACCGCAAAUCAUGUCUUGAAACAGAAACAGAAACUUCUGGAGCUGGCACCGCACAAGUUGACAACGGACGUGGCUACACGAUGGAAUAGUGCAUUCGACAUGAUCGAUAGAUUCCUGGAGCAACAACCAGCCAUUUGCGCUGCGCUUCUCUCUGCUGAAGUAAGAAAAUGUGGAGCCGGCAUCUGCACACUAGACGAAACCGACGUCGCCAACGCAGAAGAAGUUGCUGCAGCCCUCAAGCCAUUAAAAGAGGCAACAAACAUAAUGUCUGAAGAAGCCACGCCGACACUGUCUGUGAUAGCCCCACUACAUGCGCAGCUACUUCACGAAACAAAAGCAGGAUUCUGUGGUGAAACAGCACUCGUCCGGGAAAUCAAACAGGCAAUUCACGAAGAUCUGGCCAAGAGAUACACGAGUGUGACAGACAAAAAUAUGCUCCACAUAUCUUCAAGCCUGGACCCCAGGUUCAAAACACUGCCCUUUCUCUCUCAGGAUGAGCAAAAGGACAUACACUCUAAGGUGAUUGCUGAAGCGGCAACACUUGAGAAUGAGGAGCCAGACAUCCCAAAUGAAGUGCUGGAUGAUGAAGGCCCCCCUGUUCCCAAAAAAAGAAAUACUUCCCUGCUGAAUUUACUAGGCAAGACUUUCACUAAUGCCAGAGAUGUUCCUAAAUCCGCUGGCACCAGAGCUGAGGAAGAGAUGAAGAAGUAUUUGGAAACUCCCUCAUUGUCACUCUCAGAAGACCCCCUAACUUGGUGGAGGUCUCAGGAGACUGUCUUUCCCCUCCUUGCAAAAUUGGCUAAAUGCUACCUAUGCAUUCCUGGUACUAGUGUUGCAGCAGAGAGGGUAUUCUCAACUGCUGGGGACAUAGUAACUGCACAGCGGAGCAUGCUGACUCCAGAACAUGUAGAACCGCUUCUGUUUCUACAAAAGAAUAUGUACAUUCCAGCAGAUGGUGGACUUUAA